AAAAAAGAUAUUCACAGCUGAUUAGUGAUUUGUUUUGAUUCGGAAAAAGUCUUAAUUCAAUAAAAUAAAGACGAAUAUGGUAUAGUAAUAAGUUUAUUUUAUUUAAAACAACAUCACAAGGAAUAUAUUAUUAAACAAUUGUAACUUGCCAUAAAACCGCUGAUUAGGUGAGUGACUCAUCAACAAUGUUGAGCAUAUUGCACCUAAGCCGCUGCACGCUGAAAUCAGCGCCAAGCAAACUCCUGGUGUCCAACACCAGCUUACACGGGAGGCUGGUCUCUAGACAGCUGAUCACACCUGUAAGAUGUUACAAGAAUGUUGGAGUUGGGAGAGGGAAUAAGCUAAGCAACUUAAUCAAGUCAAACGGCGUUCUGGCGCGGUUCUGCUCCUCAUCACCGCAGCCCAAGAACCACAAGUUGGUUGGGUACUGGCUGCUGGGAUGCAGUGGCAUGGUGUUCACCGCGGUGGUGCUAGGUGGUGUGACUCGCCUGACGGAGUCGGGGCUGUCCAUGGUGACGUGGAGGCUGCUCGGCGAACAGCUGCCCAGGACAGAGGAACAGUGGCAGAGCGAGUUCCAGAAGUACCAGCAGUUCCCAGAGUACAAAUACAAGAACACGAACAUAACUCUGUCGGAGUUCAAGUGGAUCUGGUGGAUGGAGUACGCGCACCGCACGUGGGGGCGCGCGAUCGGCGCCGCCGUGUUCCUGCCGGCGGCGUUCUUCUGGGCGAGGGGCUUUCUGGACAAAGCCAUGAAGAUCAGGGUCGGAGGCUACUGCGCACUGGUCGCCGCGCAGGGUCUAAUGGGCUGGUACAUGGUGAAAUCUGGUCUGGAGGACAGAUUCCAGGGACCAUCGGACGUGCCCCGAGUAUCCCAGUACCGUCUAGCGGCGCACCUCAGUCUGGCUUUCAUCCUAUACUCAGGCCUCUUGGCUGGAGCCCUGCGAGUGCUUCGCCCCUUCCCUGUACAGGCGACGUUUCAGAGGAUCAGGGAGCUGCGCAGUGUGACUGCGUUUGCGCAUACUGUGAAAGCUAUGGCGUUUUUCACUGCUGUCUCCGGAGCCUUCGUAGCCGGUCUCGACGCAGGGUUGGUGUACAACUCGUUCCCCAAAAUGGGCGACCACUGGCUCCCAGACGACAUCCUCGCGUUCUCCCCCGCGCUGCGCAACUUUACUGAGAACCCCACUACAGUGCAGUUCGACCAUAGAGUCCUGGGCACUAGCACCCUGAUCGCUGCCACUUGUCUGUGGCUGGUGGCGCGCGGGAAGCCACUGUCGCCGGUGGCUAGGCGGGUGGCUAACGGCGUGGGGGCUAUGGCUUGGCUACAGGUGGGUCUCGGCAUCCUCACACUACUGCACUACGUCCCGACUCCGCUCGCCGCGAGCCACCAGUCUGGCUCGCUAGUUCUCCUCACCUUAGCUAUCUGGCUGACGCACGAGGUCAAACUGCUGAAGUAUAUUCCUAAAUAAUGUAACUGUGUGUGUAACCCUGAGGUUUAUUUCCAUGUUAACUGUGCGUAGGUAUAGCUGUCAAAACUGUACAUUAAUACCACUUUAAUAAGUCACAUCGGCAAAAUUUGUUUGCGCACAAAAGUGGCAAUUAACGCCGACUAAAACCGAGUAUACAACAAGGAAAUACAAACCUUAUAGUUUGACGUUAAGAUUUAAAGUUUUAAACACAAGAACAACAGAGACUCAUAAUUCACGCGUACAAAACAUGGCGCGUAGGCAACAACCAAUAGCGCACGGACGCGCGCAAUGAUUGGCGCAGAUAUUUU